UCUUCUCGCCCCUUUCUGAACAACAGCUCCAGAAAGAGGCCGCCGAAGCCUUGAUGGUGUUAAGAAAUGCCCCCCAGUCUAGCCCCAUGCUUUCCCCUUCAGGCCUCCUGCCCCCUGCCAACACCAUCUCUGCCCUCAUGGGGCCCCCGAGCUUCUCCCACCCUAUGGAAGCCAUUCCCAACCCUGCCAUUCCCAGCCCUUUCCAGCCACAUCCCUCGUACUUCCUGCCUCCUUAUGUUCCUCAGGGUCUCAAGGCCUCUAGGGACCUAGCCUUGAAGCGAGCCCACGUACCCCCAGAAUCGGUCAGUGCCCACCCCGAACCAGUUCCAGGGCCCUUCUUCUUUCCACUCUUCCAUGGUAGCCCUCACCCCCAGCAAUACAAAAACGUCCGGCUGUUCUCGGUCGCUCCAACUCGAGGGGCUCAGGUAGCCACCUCUCUCAUGGUUUCCAGCAUCCAGCCCGUCAAACCAAGCCUCAGUGCGGCGUCCAGUUACAGCCACUAUCAUUUCGCCCCAAACUUGAGAACUUACCACAGUACCUCGGGCUCCAUGCAAAAGACUGUCUGCUUGCCCCAAAGCAUGGAGACCGGCUGGAUUUCCGAGACCAGCGUUGAAGUCCUUGCUCCCUCUGGCUCCGCUCCUGGCCAUCCGCCGCUGAUGCCUUUCUGUGUCUCGCCCAUGGAUGUCUCGGUCACCAUGCCCUUCCAAGCAGGCUCCCCCGUUGGGAUGGAUCUGCACAUGCUCCCUCCCGGUUUGUCUCUGCUGAACCCCGGCCCCUGCCUUCUAGCUCAUCCCUCCUUCCCAGACCCCGUGCUUCUCCCAGGGCAGAUGUCUCCGCAGUGCCAACCCCAGCAGUGCCAAGAAGGAAAGUGUUCCAGCAAGAGGCCCAAAGAAGAAGAGCCCGACAACAGCCGUAAGGUGCCUGGCAGCAAGGAUGAAAAAGAUUCAACCGAAGCAGAGCCCGACCGCCUGGCAUCCAAACCAGCGCCUAGCCAGUCUGUUCAGCAAGUCUCAGAAAACCCCCAGCAGCCAAGCCACCUCCACCAGGCCAACGGCUCCCCUUCGGUGUCUUUGAGCAUCGGCCAAAUGGGCUCCAUCUCCCUGCCCAGUUAGUCUUCUGAUUGGGAGUCUUUGAGAAAGAGAGGUGGCUUCUACUUCGGGUUGCAGCCUUAGCUUGUUUUUCAUUCUACCUGCAACUGAAUUCUUGCAAUUGCUGGUACCUUUUAUUGGUGUAAUGCCCCAAGUCCAGAUCCUUUAACACCGCCGAUUCCUUUUUAACUAGUUCUGUGCCCCGAUGGAAGGCCGAGUUUGUUUUGACUUGAACCAUUGUUAUAGUUUAGACAACAGGAAGUUUGCUUUUAGUAGCCAAGUUUGUUUGCAUUUCUUUUUGAAAAGGGUGUUUCCCAUCGUUUUCUCAAAUCAGAGAGAGAUGAUUGAUAAGCCA